AUGAUAACAAAAACAAUUGGCGAACACUCAGCUAUGGAAUUGGAAGCCGCCGCGGCGCUUCUUAUGCUUCGCUACCAAUAUGAGUUGGUGGGUAUUCAGGGCUUAUGCAGCGGUUCGUCGCUUCCAAGGCCCCCAACUCCGCCACCUCCCCAGACCAUGCUGCAACAACUCGCCAGUGUGGCUGCCGAUAAAUGCACGCCCAAGGAUCAGGUGGUGCGCGGCACUGUCUCUGCAUCCGCACAGCCGCUGAAGAAGCGAAGCGUGCCGCCGCAUCUUCUGAGACGCUCCCUGACGCCCGCCAAGUCCCAAAACAGCCACAACAUCUCUAGUGGCAGUGGUGGUAUUCAGAAGACGAAGAUGAAGACAGCCACGCCCAAUCGCCAACGCAACUGUACGAAGGCGCUGCUUAAGUCCUGUCGCAAUAUGAUACGAGAAUUUCUGGACAAUCAGGAACUGGUGUGAGGAAGAGAUGAAAGACGACAAUCGAAGUUAUAUGUGUACUUCAUUUUGAUUUCAUUUAUUUAUUGCAUAAAUUUGUAUAUAUAUAUUAUUUUUUUUAUA